GGAAGUCAGUGGCGUCGGGGAGCGGGCGGGAGGGCGACGCCCGCAGUCGCCGAGGACAGCCAGGAGCCCCCUCCCCCUCACCGCCAACGGCGCGGAGGUGUAGCCGCCACCAUGGUAGCCCUCUCCCUGAAGAUCAGCAUUGGAAAUGUGGUGAAGACGAUGCAGUUCGAGCCGUCCACCAUGGUGUAUGACGCCUGCCGCAUCAUCCGCGAGCGCGUGCCUGAAGCACAGACCGGCCCACCCAACGACUUUGGGCUGUUCCUGUCAGACGAAGACCCCAGAAAGGGCAUCUGGCUGGAAUCUGGAAAAGCCCUGGAUUACUACAUGCUCCGGAAUGGGGACACCAUGGAGUACAAGAAGAAGCAGCGUCCCCUGAAGAUCCGCAUGCUGGACGGUGCCGUGAAGACCAUCAUGGUGGACGACUCCAAGACUGUCACCGACAUGCUCAUGACCAUCUGUGCCCGUAUUGGCAUCACCAACCAUGAUGAGUAUUCUCUGGUGCGGGAGUUGAUGGAGGAGAAGAAGGAGGAGGUCACUGGGACCCUGCGCAAGGACAAGACACUUCUGCGGGAUGAGAAAAAGAUGGAGAAACUCAAGCAAAAACUUCACACAGAUGAUGACUUGAACUGGCUGGACCACGGACGGACACUACGAGAGCAGGGGGUGGAAGAGCAUGAGACGUUGCUUCUGCGAAGGAAGUUUUUCUACUCGGACCAAAAUGUGGAUUCACGGGACCCCGUGCAGCUGAAUCUCCUCUACGUGCAGGCCAGAGAUGAUAUCCUGAACGGCUCCCAUCCAGUCUCCUUUGACAAGGCCUGCGAGUUUGCCGGCUACCAAAGCCAGAUCCAGUUUGGCCCCUACAAUGAGCAGAAGCACAAGCCUGGCUUCCUGGACCUGAAGGACUUCCUGCCCAAGGAAUAUGUCAAGCAGAAAGGGGAGCGCAAAAUCUUCCAGGCCCACAAGAACUGUGAGGACAUAACUGAGAUUGAGGCCAAGGUGCUCUACGUGAAGCUGGCCCGUUCCCUCAAGACUUAUGGCGUCUCGUUCUUCCUGGUCAAGGAGAAGAUGAAGGGGAAGAACAGGCUGGUGCCCCGGCUGCUGGGAAUCACCAAGGAAUGCGUCAUGCGGGUAGACGAGAAGACUAAGGAGGUGAUCCAGGAGUGGAAUCUUACCAACAUCAAGCGCUGGGCCGCCUCUCCGAAGAGCUUCACCCUGGACUUUGGUGAUUACCAGGACGGUUACUAUUCAGUUCAGACCACAGAGGGUGAGCAGAUUGCCCAACUCAUUGCCGGCUACAUCGACAUCAUCCUCAAGAAAAAAAAGAGUAAGGACCACUUUGGGCUGGAGGGCGAUGAGGAAUCCACCAUGCUGGAGGACUCAGUCUCUCCCAAGAAGUCUACAGUGCUGCAGCAGCAGUAUAACCGAGUGGGGAAGGCAGAACAGAGCUCCUUGGCCCUGCCUGCCAUCAUGCGCACUGGUGCUGCCGGCCCUGAGAACUACCAGAUGGGCAGCAUGCCCCCCGCGCAGCAGCAGAUCACCAGCGGCCAGAUGCACCGGGGGCACAUGCCCCCACUGACCUCAGCUCAACAGGCCCUCACCGGCACCCUGAACUCCAGCAUGCAGGCUGUGCAGGCCGCUCAGGCCACCCUGGAUGACUUUGACACCCUGCCUCCCCUCGGGCAAGAUGCGGCCUCCAAGGCUUGGCGUAAGAACAAGAUGGAUGAGUCGAAGCAUGAGAUCCACUCCCAGGUGGACGCCAUCACUGCGGGGACAGCCUCGGUGGUGAACCUGACAGCAGGCGACCCUGCGGAGACGGAUUACACGGCCGUGGGCUGCGCGGUGACCACCAUCUCCUCCAACCUGACGGAGAUGUCCCGAGGUGUCAAGCUCCUGGCCGCCCUGCUAGAGGAUGAGGGCGGGAGCGGGCGGCCCCUGCUGCAGGCAGCCAAAGGCCUGGCGGGAGCUGUGUCCGAGCUGUUGCGGAGUGCCCAGCCAGCCAGUGCUGAGCCCCGUCAGACCCUGCUCCAGGCGGCUGGGAACGUGGGCCAGGCCAGUGGAGAGCUACUCCAGCACAUCGGGGAGAGUGACACUGACCCCCAUUUCCAGGAUAUGUUGAUGCAGCUGGCCAAGGCGGUAGCCAGUGCCGCGGCUGCACUCGUGCUCAAAGCCAAGAGCGUGGCCCAACGGACCGAAGACUCUGCGCAACAGAACCAGGUCAUUGCCGCGGCCACACAGUGUGCCCUGUCCACCUCCCAGCUUGUGGCCUGCACCAAAGUGGUUGCUCCCACGAUCAGCUCACCCGUGUGCCAGGAGCAGUUGGUGGAGGCAGGACGGCUGGUGGCCAAGGCGGUGGAAGGCUGCGUGGCUGCGUCCCAGGCCGCCACGGAGGAUGGGACCCUGCUGCGGGGAGUGGGCACGGCAGCCACGGCCGUGACGCAAGCGUUGAACGAGCUGCUGCAGCACGUGCGGGCCCACGCCACGGGGGGUGCACCGGCCGGCCGCUACGACCAGGCCACAGACACCAUCCUCACAGUUACCGAAAACAUCUUCAGUUCCAUGGGUGAUGCCGGGGAGAUGGUGCGGCAGGCACGUAUCCUGGCCCAGGCCACCUCUGACCUGGUCAACGCCAUCAAGGCUGAUGCCGAGGGGGAGAGCGACCUGGAGAACUCACGUAAACUGCUCAGUGCAGCCAAGAUCCUGGCGGAUGCCACGGCCAAGAUGGUGGAAGCUGCCAAGGGGGCGGCCGCUCACCCGGACAGUGAAGAGCAGCAGCAGCGACUGAGGGAAGCAGCAGAGGGAUUGCGGAUGGCGACCAAUGCUGCCGCCCAGAAUGCCAUCAAGAAGAAGCUGGUCCAGCGGCUGGAGCAUGCAGCCAAGCAGGCAGCCGCCUCGGCCACCCAGACCAUCGCAGCCGCCCAGCAUGCGGCCUCAGCUUCCAAGGCCUCCGCUGGCCCCCAGCCUCAGCUGGUGCAGAGCUGCAAGGCUGUGGCAGAGCAGAUCCCAUUGCUGGUGCAAGGCGUCCGGGGGAGCCAGGCCCAACCAGACAGUCCCAGUGCCCAGUUGGCUCUCAUUGCUGCCAGCCAGAGCUUCCUGCAGCCAGGUGGAAAGAUGGUGGCAGCCGCCAAGGCUUCAGUCCCCACGGUGCAGGACCAGGCUUCUGCCAUGCAGCUGAGUCAGUGUGCCAAGAACCUGGGCACCGCCCUGGCCGAGCUACGCACCGCUGCCCAGAAGGCUCAAGAAGCCUGUGGGCCCCUGGAGAUGGACUCUGCCUUGAGCCUGGUGCAGAGUUUGGAGCGAGACCUCCAGGAGGUGAAGGCAGCAGCCAGAGAUGCCAAACUCAAGCCUCUGCCUGGGGAGACGAUGGAGAAGUGUGCCCAAGACCUGGGAAACAGCACCAAAGCUGUGAGCUCUGCCAUCGCCCAGCUGCUCGGCGAAGUGGCCCAGGGCAAUGAGAAUUAUGCAGGAAUUGCAGCCCGGGAUGUGGCAGGAGGGCUGCGGGCACUGGCCCGAGCCGCACGGGGCGUGGCGGCUUUGACCUCGGACCCCAUGGUGCAGGCAGCCGUGCUGGACUGUGCCAGUGACGUCUUGGACAAAGCCAGUAACCUCCUUGAGGAGGCCAAGCGGGCGGCCGGUCGGCCAGGGGACCCCGAGAGCCAACAGCGCCUGGCACAGGUGGCCAAGGCCGUGACCCAGGCUCUGAGUCGCUGUGUGAGCUGCCUGCCCGGGCAGCGCGAUGUGGAUGAUGCCCUCCGCACCGUCGGGGAUGCCAGCAAGCGGCUGCUCGGUGACACGUCUCAGCUUCCUGCCAGCAACAAGACUUUCCAGGAGGCACAGAGCCAGCUGAAUGAGGCAGCCGCGGGACUGAACCAGGCAGCCACGGAACUGGUGCAGGCUUCGCGGGGCACCCCCCAGGAUCUGGCCCGAGCCUCGGGCCGCUUUGGCCACGACUUCAACAAUUUCCUAGAGGCUGGCGUGGAGAUGGCGAGCCAGGCUCCGAGCCAAGAGGACCGGGCCCAGGUGGUGUCCAACCUGAAGGGAAUCUCCAUGUCUUCAAGCAAAUUGCUCUUGGCGGCCAAGGCCCUCUCCACAGAUCCCGCUGCCCCCAACCUCAAGAGCCAACUGGCUGCCGCGGCCCGAGCUGUCACUGACAGCAUCAACCAGCUCAUCAGCAUGUGCACCCAGCAGGCUCCUGGUCAGAAAGAAUGCGAUAAUGCCCUGCGAGAGCUGGAGACAGUGCGGGAGCUGCUGGAGAACCCAGUACAGCCCAUCAACGACAUGUCGUACUUCAACUGCCUGGACAGCGUCAUGGAGAACUCCAAGGUGCUGGGUGAGGCCAUGACCGGGAUCUCCCAAAAUGCCAAGAACAGCAACCUGCCCGAGUUCGGAGAAGCCAUCAACACAGCCUCCAAGGCUCUCUGCGGUUUCACCGAGGCCGCUGCCCAGGCCGCGUAUCUGGUCGGCGUCUCGGACCCCAAUAGCCAGGCUGGGCAGCAGGGGCUGGUGGAGCCCACCCAGUUUGCCCGCGCCAACCAGGCGAUUCAGAUGGCGUGUCAGAGCCUGAGCGAGGCAGGGUGCACUCAGGCCCAGGUACUCUCCGCUGCCACCAUUGUGGCCAAGCACACCUCAGCCCUGUGUAAUAGCUGUCGCCUGGCCUCCGCCCGCACCGCUAACCCAACCGCCAAGCGUCAGUUUGUCCAGUCGGCCAAGGAAGUGGCCAACAGCACCGCCAACCUUGUCAAGACCAUCAAGGCCCUGGAUGGGGCCUUCACUGAAGAGAACCGAGCUCAGUGCCGAGCAGCUACCGCGCCACUGCUGGAAGCCGUGGACAAUCUGAGUGCCUUUGCUGCCAAUCCGGAGUUCUCCAGUGUCCCCGCACAGAUCAGCCCUGAGGGUCGCGCGGCCAUGGAACCCAUCGUGGCGUCUGCCAAGACGAUGCUGGAGAGCACGGGGGGACUGAUUCAGACGGCCCGGGCCCUGGCAGUCAAUCCCCGGGACCCCCCUCGUUGGUCAGUGCUGGCCGGCCACUCCCGCACCGUCUCCGACUCCAUCAAGAAGCUCAUCACCAGCAUGAGAGACAAGGCUCCAGGGCAGCGGGAGUGUGAGACGGCCAUCGCGGCGCUGAACAGCUGCCUGCGCGACCUGGACCAGGCUUCCCUCGCUGCCAUCAGCCAGCAACUUGCCCCCCGUGAGGGCAUCUCCCAGGAGGCCUUGCAUACACAGAUGCUGACUGCCGUGCAGGAAAUCUCCCACCUCAUCGAACCGCUGGCCAAUGCAGCCCGGGCUGAGGCCUCCCAACUCGGACACAAGGUGUCCCAGAUGGCUCAGUACUUUGAACCGUUGACUCUAGCAGCCGUGGGGGCAGCCUCCAAGACCCAGAGUCACCCGCAGCAGAUGGCACUGCUGGACCAGAGUAAGACCUUGGCCGAGUCUGCCCUGCAGCUGCUUUACACCGCCAAGGAGGCCGGAGGCAACCCCAAGCAGGCCGCCCAUACUCAGGAGUCCCUAGAAGAGGCCGUGCAGUUGAUGACAGACGCCGUGGAAGACCUGACCACCACGCUUAAUGAGGCCGCCAGCGCUGCCGGGGGUGGGGGCAUGGUGGAGUCCAUCACCCAGGCCAUCAACCAGUUGGACGAAGGGCCAAUGGGUGAGCCAGACGGGUGUUUCGUGGAUUACCAGACGACCAUGGUGCGGACAGCCAAGGCCGUGGCAGUCACUGUGCAGGAGAUGGUGACCAAGUCCAGCAGCAAUCCCGAGGAGCUGGGCCCUCUGGCCAACCAGCUGACCACCGACUACGGUUACCUGGCCUCGCAGGCCAAGCCGGCUGCCAUGGCUGCCGAGAACGAGGAGAUCGGUGCCCACAUCAAGCACCGGGUGCAGGAGCUGGGCCAUGGUUGUGCCGCUCUGGUCACCAAGGCUGGAGCCCUGCAGUGCAGCCCCAGCGAUGCCUACACCAAGAAAGAGCUCAUGGAGUGUGCCCGCCGUGUCUCCGAAAAGGUGUCCCACGUCCUGGCGGCGCUCCAAGCUGGGAACCGUGGCACCCAGGCCUGCAUCACGGCCGCCAGCGCCGUUUCCGGCAUCAUCGCCGACCUCGACACCACCAUCAUGUUCGCCACGGCCGGCACGCUGAAUCGCGAAGGCGCAGAAACCUUUGCUGACCACCGGGAAGGAAUCCUGAAAACGGCCAAGGCGCUCGUGGAGGACACCAAGGUCCUGGUCCAGAAUGCAGCAGCCAGCCAGGAGAAGCUGGCACAGGCUGCCCAGUCAUCCGUGGGAACCAUCACUCGCCUGGCCGAGGUUGUCAAGCUGGCGUUGCCGCCAGCCUUGGGGGCGGAGGACCCCGAGACCCAGGUUGUCUUGAUCAACGCAGUGAAGGAUGUGGCCAAAGCACUUGGUGACCUCAUCAGUGCCACCAAAGCCGCCAGCAAGGCAGGGGACGACCCUGCUGUCUGGCAGCUCAAGAACUCUGCCAAGGUGAUGGUGACCAAUGUGACGUCACUCCUGAAGACGGUGAAGGCGGUGGAGGACGAGGCCACCAAGGGCACCCGAGCCCUGGAGGCCACGACGGAGCACAUCCGGCAGGAGCUGGCGGUGUUCUGCUCCUCAGAGCCCCCUGCCAAGACCUCACCCGGAGGAUUUAUUCGCAUGACCAAGGGCAUCACCAUGGCAACGGCCAAGGCCGUCGCUGCCGGUAACUCCUGUCGCCAGGAAGAUGUUAUCGCCACGGCCAACCUGAGCCGUCGGGCCAGCGACAUGCUGCGGGCCUGCAAGGAGGCCGCCUACCAUCCUGAGGUCGCUCCUGAGGUGCGACUCCGUGCCCUGCACUACGGUCGGGAGUGUGCCAACGGCUACCUGGAACUGUUGGACCACGUGCUACUGACCCUGCAGAAGCCAAGCCCAGAACUGAAGCAGCAGCUGACGGGACACUCAAAGCGUGUAGCGGGCUCUGUCACCGAGCUCAUCCAGGCCGCCGAAGCCAUGAAGGGCACAGAGUGGGUGGACCCCGAGGACCCCACCGUCAUCGCCGAGAACGAGCUCCUCGGAGCCGCCGCCGCCAUCGAGGCUGCCGCCAAGAAGCUGGAGCAGCUGAAGCCGCGAGCCAAGCCCAAGGAAGCAGACGAAUCCCUGAACUUCGAGGAACAGAUCCUGGAGGCGGCCAAGUCCAUCGCCGCAGCCACCAGCGCCCUGGUGAAGGCGGCGUCGGCUGCCCAGAGGGAGCUGGUGGCCCAAGGGAAGGUUGGCGCCAUCCCAGCCAAUGCCCUGGAUGAUGGACAGUGGUCACAAGGCCUCAUUUCUGCCGCCCGGAUGGUGGCGGCGGCCACCAACAACCUGUGCGAGGCAGCCAACGCAGCUGUGCAGGGUCACGCCAGCCAGGAGAAGCUCAUCUCCUCCGCCAAGCAGGUGGCCGCCUCCACCGCUCAGCUGCUGGUGGCCUGCAAAGUCAAGGCGGACCAGGACUCGGAAGCCAUGAAGCGACUCCAGGUUGCUGGCAACGCAGUGAAGCGAGCCUCCGAUAACUUGGUGAAAGCAGCCCAGAAGGCCGCGGCCUUUGAGGAUCAGGAGAACGAAACGGUCGUGGUGAAGGAGAAGAUGGUUGGGGGCAUUGCCCAGAUCAUCGCAGCCCAGGAGGAGAUGUUGCGGAAGGAACGAGAGCUGGAGGAGGCACGGAAGAAGCUGGCCCAGAUCCGGCAGCAGCAGUACAAGUUUCUACCCUCGGAGCUACGGGAUGAGAGUCAGCACUGAGCGCAGGCGGCUGGGCCACCCCUUCUAUUUAAAUACAGACCCCGAUGAAAACCAGUGCCCCUCUUGGCUGGCCCCGCUCACCCCUUCCCUCCCACACCCGCCCCUCCCCCAGCCCCUGGAGACAUUGACCAAAGCUUUCUGUGCCACGAUCUGCUGUUAUGGCCAGGGAACCCUCCCCCGUAUAAUCAUGCACAGGCCCUGCACCUCCCCCAAGUGCCUGCCUCACGGUUCGGGCCCGGCCUCAGCCCCCGCUGCACUACUCUCCCACCCCAAGUGCCUUUGUGUCCUACGGCUCAAAGCCGUUUGACCGAGAGAACCCAGUCCCCAAGAUCCCCAAGUGCCUACCCCAGAGUAUUAACGCGCCCAGAGUAUUAACGCUGCUGCAGCUACCUCCGGUUCGUCGGAAUCUGGCAAGGAAGGCUGGAGGCUUUGCUGGAAGGCUAGGGGGUGGAGGGAGGUGGGCUCUCCCCCCUCCCCGCCGCCCCUUUCCCUGUCCUAGGUGCUCUCAGCGGCCCCCUCCACUCUCCACCAGCCUUGGCUCUGCUCUGACCAAUUUUUAUCAAAAUUCUUCUGGAUUCUGAAUCCAUGGGGGAUGCCUCUUCUCCUUGAAAUCAGUUGUGCCUCAAUAAAGGUGUUUCCCGCCUGGUUCGGCCUGG